AUGACAAUCACACUCGACGUUAACGCCCCAGCGGCAGAAUCAAGCACUCGGAGAGCCCUAGCGGACAUUUCACUCUCAGUCGCUAAAUGCAAGAAAAUCGUGGUCGUCACUGGAGCCGGUAUCUCCUGUUCGUGUGGCAUACCCGAUUUUCGUUCUUCAGACGGCCUGUAUGCUCUAGUAAAGGAGCAGUACCCCGACGUGGUUAUGAAAGGAAGGGAUCUCUUUGACGCGUCGCUAUUUCGCGACCAGACAUCCACUUCUGUGUUCUACUCGUUCAUCUCGCAACUGAAGCGUUCCAUCGAUUCUGCCUCGCCUGCACCAACACACGAAUUUAUCAAACGCCUGGACAACAGACACAAGUUACUGCGGUCAUACACUCAGAAUAUCGACGGCCUCGAGGAGAAGGCCGGCCUUAUCUGCAGCUCGACCCAAGGGACCGACUCAAAUAUAAAGGGGAAAUCAAAGCUGUGGGCAGACGAAGUGAGGAACAUCCAACUCCAUGGAGAUAUUCGCCGCGUUCGAUGUACUUUCUGCUCUAUUGACCUCCCUUGCACUGAAGAACAUAUACGCAUGUUUGAAAAGGGCGUACCUCCGGAUUGCCCGGAGUGCACGUCGCGUUCGGAGGCACGCAUCGCUAGGUCCGCUCGUGCCUUGAAGGUUGGAUCACUGCGGCCUGCUAUCGUAUUGUACGAUGAGGCCCAUCCGAUGGGGGACGACAUCGGGAAGAUACAGUCACAGGAUAUGGCUCGCAAGCCUGAUCUACUCAUCGUCAUGGGCACGUCCCUCAAAGUUCAUGGACUGAAGAAGCUUGUGAAGGAAUUUGCGAAAGCUGUACACGCCACUGCUCCAAGUCCAACCGGUUCCCCAAAACGAGCUAAGAGGUGGCAAGGAAAGGUCGUCUUUGUCAAUAAAACACCCCCAGGGAGCGAGUGGUCGGAUGUAAUCGAUUAUCACAUCAUGGGCGAGAUAGAUCAGUGGAUCGAAAAGGUGACAGAAGACUGGAGGAGGAUCCGACCAUCAGAUUGGGAAAUACAACAGACAUUGGAUAACGACGGAAAUUUUAAAAUAGCGAAAAACAAAGGUCAGGACCUUACGUGGUCGCUUGAUACGAUCGUUGAUAUGAGCGUCCAACAGGCAAAUCCAAGCAGAAGCCGCCGGGGGCGGAGAAUGCUUCGCCCUCUGGCGGAAUUCCGUUUCCAUCCAUCAUUAUAA